UCACUUCCGCCCCUGGCCGCCGGAAGGGGAGACCCCGCGGCGUGCGCGAGGCGGAGCCUCUUUCCCGUGCGGCCGGCGAGCAUGGCGGAGCUCAAGGUUCUGGUCAUCGAUGGACGCGGCCACCUUUUGGGGCGCCUGGCGGCCAUGGUGGCCAAGCAGGUCCUGCUGGGGCGCAAGGUGGUGGUGGUGAGAUGCGAGGGCAUCAACAUCUCCGGGAACUUCUACCGCAACAAACUGAAGUACCUGGCCUUCCUCCGCAAACGCAUGAACACCAACCCGUCCCGUGGGCCCUACCACUUCCGCGCCCCCAGCCGCAUCUUCUGGCGCACGGUCCGAGGUAAUGACCCCCCCCCCGCUUAGACACCCCAGACCCGCUCCUCUGCCCUCCAUCCCGUCUCCUUCGUACCCGUAACCCUCUCCUCUCCCCCCACGCAGAGGAAACGGAUGGUGGUGCCCGCUGCUCUGAAAGUCGUACGCCUGAAGCCAACGCGCAAGUUCGCCUUCCUGGGGCGCCUGGCCCAUGAGGUUGGCUGGAAGUACCAAGCCAUCACCUCGACCCUGGAGGAGAAACGCAAGGAGAAGGCCAAGCUGCAUUAUAACAAGAAGAAGAAGCUGAUGAAACUACAGAAGCAGGCGGAGAAGAACGUGGAAGGCAAGAUCUCCAGGUACACCGACGUGCUGAAGCAGUACGGGAUCUUGGUCUGAGCCUUGAACCUCAAUAAAACCAGCCCCUUCACUUCCA